AUUUAUAAACGACAACCUCACCGUGGCUUAUCGCAGUAGGUAAUUGCAGUACUAAACCACUUGCACUGAAAUCAAAGUUUUCUCGUGCUAGUCGUUAUUGUAUACUAUACGUUACUAAUACUGAGACACAAUGGUGAUUUUCGUGUUAACUAUAGUAGGAUUAAUGUUUGCUGCAAGUGCAGUGAACGCCGAAGAAGUCACCGACUUUCGCAUGUGCCGGAAUGCUAGAUGUGAAGUAUAUGAUGUGUUUAUUGAUCCAUGUCCCGAAGCUUUAAACCACGAACCAUGCCAAGUACAACAAAACAGUUCCGCGUCUAUCACAUUUAAAUAUAUAGCUAAAUUCGGUUCAAAGAAACCAAAGACAAGACUGUACGCUGAAACUGCUACGGGGGAUUUGCCGUUUAUGGACAUGGACCCGAACGCAUGCUUGUACACUAAUUGUCCCAUUGUGAUGAACGUCGAACAGGAUUGGCUGUACACUUUAUACAUAACCACAAAAUAUCCUAAGGAUAGUUACACAGUUAAGUUGAAAUUCUGGGAUGACGGACCUAAAGCCAAUAGGAAGGACGUAUGCUGCUUUAAAUUCGAUAUUAAGAUCGUUUAACAGAAAUCGAAAAUACCACUACUACAUAUAUAUAUAUUGGAUCCCAUAGUGGCAAUUAUAAUAAAAUACAUCAUUAUUCGUUACAUUAUUUAAUAAUAUAAUAUAACUUCAAAGAAUAUGAUUAUAAUAUGCAGUAUAUAUACCCACAUAUGUAUAUAAUAUUAUAACAAUUUAUACAUACAUAACUGUCGACUGUCGUAUAAUAGUAAUAAAAUAUUAUAUAUUAAUAUAUUA